AUGGCGUCGACCAACACCAAGGCUGCGAUAACGCCUGUCAAGUUCGCGCAUGCCGUACUGCGCACGAACAAGAUUAAUCAACUUCGCGACUUUUACCUUGACUUUCUUGGGGCGACGCUUGCCUUUGAAGAACCGAAUGUCAUGGUCUUGAUUCGCUAUGACGACGAGCAUCACCGCAUUGGCAUCAUCGGCAUACCAGAUAUCGCGGACAAGGUCAAAGCCUCAAGCGGACUAGAGCAUCUGGCUUUUACGCAUGCCUCCGUUGAAGAGCUCGCUAUGGCAUACAAGGCGCGGAAAGAGCGGCACAUAAUGCCCUUCUGGAGUGUCAACCACGGUCCGACGAUUAGCGUGUACUACCAUGAUCCUGAUGGUAACAUUGUUGAGACGCAGGCUGAUCUGAUGAGUGCUGGAGAAGCAGAUGCGUUCAUGCGGUCGGAAGCAUACCGCAAGAACAUGAUCGGGGUUGACUUCGAUCCUGACCAAUGGCUUGCAGCGGUAGAAAAAGGGCAGGAUAUGACGAGCUCAGCGUCCUGGACGAGCGAGCAGCUGGACCCGAGCAUGGUGAACACUGUCGCAGCUGCUUCCACUGGGCCCGAAGCGACUGCUUCCAUGCAUCAAGUCGACCUCGGGCUUAUGCUCGGAAACGUUGAAGAGGUCGGCCUUCCCUGCCCUCUGCCGCAAGAAGGCUCCGACCCAAUCUUUGUCGAAGCGGCAAUGCUGGCCUCAGUCAAGCCGACGCCAUAUAUAAGCGAAUCGAGCACUUUAUACUUGUGGCAUGUCUUCACAGACCGAGUCGAGCCGAUGACGAGACUCGUCCACGCGCCUUCUUUCACUCCCGUCGUUCUGGCAGCUGCAAGAAAUGGUGGUUGGAUGGCAGAUAAGGCCGCAAGCAUGCUGCUGGCCAGCAUCUUGUUCGCAGCCGUGAGUGUCAUGGAUCAAGAUGAUGGCACGGCUCCCGACGAUCUUUGCGCAACCACGCUCUGUGCGGCACUUCGCGCCCAGAUCGACGAUAUGCUUAGCGAUUCAUCUAUGGACAUAUCGCCGAGUCUGCAUUCGCUGCAAGCCAUCGCGUUGUUACUUGUCGUGCUCCGAGCCCAAGGCGAAGACCAAUCCAUCGGACCGCUAUCCCGUCAGGCAAGAGCGAUGGCACGAAGUCUGGCACCUAUGUCGACGCCGUUCAUGACAGAGAUGCAUCGCCGGUGUUGGUGGUCUAUCGUCGCAGUGCAGAACCGAUGUGCAGAGGAGUGUCGGCCGUUGACGCGUGACUACAGUUGGUGGGAUGACUUCGUAUACCCGCUGAAUGUGAAUGAUUGCGACCUCCACCCAACGCUAGAUCAGACACCUCAAUCAAGGAGAGGCAUAACAGACUUGACCCUGCUGCUCGUUCGUAUGGAAAUGAUGCGUCUUAUCAACACUGUCACUGAAGAGCUUGCUGGUGUGCCAUCGGAGGAGGCGGUCAACCGUUGUCGGGAUAUCGCUAGCCAGAAACUGCAGUUCCUACAGCAUGAGUAUUUACGUCAUGCUGAUGAGUCUCGACGUGGUGACGGCUUCUUGAUACUGACCUGCAGAGUCCUUAAGGCCAAAAUCAAUAUGAUGAUUCUGCGGCACCAGAUCGUUUGCUCUGAACAUCAGCCACAGACCGACGCUCUCAAGGACGAAAUGGACGACGCGGCCAUGACGGUGCUAGAAACGAGUCAAGCCCAGAUGACUGACGUCCGCUACAGACCGUGGAUGUGGCUCUUUGGAAGCUUUCAUCAGUCGUACGUUAUGGCUUACAUACUUAGCCGCCUUGGUGAAGAUCAAGCGAAAAAGCAUGGGACUCGGAUGCGCGCAUUCCUGGCGGGCUUGUGUUGGAAGUCGUGGCUCGAUCGUCUCGAUUCAGCUGAGCACCGCGAUAUGUUGACCAAGCUCCAUACACAGGCACAGCAUCUCGACUACGUCAAUGCAGGAAGUCUGUACGCCGGCGAUGCGUUCGGUCAACUGGACACAAACAGUCGAGGUCCAACGCAGCAAUGGGCAGCCACACUUGCACAGUAA